AUGGAUAUGUCUAUGGAUCUUCCUCUUUAUCAUAGACAACCUGGAUCAAGGGAAAUAGAGCCAUAUAGAGCUGCUCGUAUGAACUACGCCAAAAAGACUGAUGAUGACAUGCCAACUCAGAAGAAUAAGUCUGAUGACUGGUGUGGCUAUAUCUGCUGCUUAACUUUUGGAUGUUGUAAGACAUACCCCAGUUUGAACAAAUACUGUAAAGAAGAUCCAGCGACUGUCAGCUGUAUAAUUGUUUGGAGUGUUUUGGUUUUAUGCACUCUAAUUUCAACAUUAACUAAUUUCAGGCCCUUUGUUUUCACUGCAGCUGCCAAGGUAGCCAUGGGCUUGGCUGUAAUUAUUGGUUCUGUUAAUCUGUACAAAAUUUGCAAAUGUUGCUUAUUCGACUAUUUAAUUUAUAUUUUACACCGUGAGAAGGUGCCAUGUUUAUGUCCAAUACGUACAAAUAUAGUAACAUUUUAUAUGUUAUUACUUUUCCUUGGUGGUUACCUGGGAAUUAUUAUCUUGGAACAAGGGUCUACUGCCACCACUAGUACUAGUGCCACCAACAGUACCAGCACUAUCACUCCUAGUUAA